CAUUCACACCCUCUAUGAAAGGGAGCUCCGGGUCCCACAGCCCUAUAGAAGAGUUACGGCCCUAUAGGAGCGAUAGGGCCCUAUAGGAGCGAUACGGCCCCGGAUCGCGCUGCUGUGGCUAUGAGCGCUCUAUAGCCGCGCUGACUGUCCCAUGCUGGUGGCCGGCUCUCAGUGCUGCCCUGCGGGGCUGGAGGAGCGUUUGGGAUGCGGGGCUCUGCGGGGCGAGGAGGACACAGGGAUCCCGGUGCCCCCCCAGCUGGGGAGGGGGCCCAGCGCCUUCAUCCCUGCGGAGGAGAUCCUGCAGGACGGCAUUGAGAGCAGCCGGCGGCAGCUGCUGAUCGAAGCCUUCGUGUCCGCUGGUUGCGUGGACAACAUCACGAUGGUGAUGGGGCUGCACCCCCAGUACCUGAGCAGCUUCUGGAAGACUCAGUAUCUCCUGCUGCGCAUGGACGGACCCCUCCCCUACCACAAACGCCACUACAUCGCCAUCAUGGCUGCAGCCCGGCAUCAAUGCACCUACCUGGUGGGGCUGCACAUGGGGGAGUUCCUGCAGGCGGGGGGCAACCCGGCAUGGCUGCAGGGGCUGCACUGCGCCCCACAGAAGCUCAGGAACCUGAAUGAGAUCAACAAGCUGCUGGCACAUCGGCCCUGGCUCAUCACCAAGGAGCACAUUGAGGCACUGCUGAAGACAGGGGAGCACAGCUGGUCGCUGGCAGAGCUGGUGCAGGCGCUGGUGCUGCUCACCCAUUACCAUUCUCUCGCCUCCUUCGUGUUCGGCUGCGGCAUCAACCCCGAGGCAGGGCAGGAUGGGGGGCAGGGCUGCAGACCCCCCUCACCCCACAGCGACAGCAGCCCCACAGCUGAGGACAACACGGGGUGCUCAGGGGGCAGGGAUGCUGUGCGGGAGGUGGAGGCGCUGAUGGAGCGGAUGCAGCUGCUGCGGGACAGUCAGAGGGAGGAGGAGGGCGUCACACAGGAGGAGAUGGCGACGCGCUUCGAGAUGGAGAAGACUGAGAGUUUGUUGGUGGCCCCAUCGGAUGUGACAGACCAUGCCCUGCAGUCCGGCUUGCUGUGCUUCGUGGAGGACCCUGAGUUCGGCUAUAAGGACUUUACACGGCGAGGAGAGCAGGCGCCCCCCACCUUCCGUGCUCAGGAUUACACAUGGGAGGACCACGGCUUCUCCCUCAUUAACCGGCUGUACCCCGACGUGGGGCAGCUGCUGGACGAGAAGUUCCAGGUGGUUUAUAACCUGACGUACAACACCAUCGCGAUGCACUGCGGCGUCGACACCUCCAUGCUGCGCCGCGCCAUCUGGAACUACGUGCACUGCGUCUUCGGCAUCCGCUAUGACGACUAUGACUAUGGGGAGGUGAACCAGCUGCUGGAGCGCAGCCUGAAGGUUUACAUCAAGACAGUGGCCUGUUACCCAGAGAAGACAACCAAGAGGAUGUACGCGCAGUUCUGGAGGCACUUCAAACACUCCGAAAAGGUCCACGUCAACCUGCUGCUGCUGGAGGCCCGGCUGCAGGCUGCCCUGCUGUAUGCACUGCGCGCUGUCACACGCUACAUGACCUGACAGCCCCCUGCUCCCCCCCAUCCUCCUCCUGUUCUGUGGGGGGGGCUGGGAGCAGUGGGGAGCUGGACUGUGUUGGGAUGUCACCUCCUGCCUUAUGGAUGUAGAGAUAUGGGGGGGAGAUGGGGGUAUCUGUGCCUCUUAUCCUGGGGUGGGGGGGUCUCUGAGUGCCCCCCAUGUGCCCCUGUGGGGUGGCUGGAAACGGGGCUGUUGUGUGCCUUGUGUUGGGGGGGAGCCCCGUGGAGCUGAGCCCCUUUCCCUGGGGUGCCCUUAGCAAUGAUGCUGCUGUGCCCCCCCCCCCACAGCCCCAUCAUGUUUGUCAUCCUAUAGGGGGCUGAGGGGCACAGAGGUGUUGGUGCCCCCUUUGUACCCCCCUGCAAUUGGGGACUGGAAGUGCCUUGAGCCCUGGGUAGGGAUUAGGGUGGGGGCUGCAGCACCUGCACUGCCUUUCUGACCCCCCCAUGUGCCCCCUGCCUGCUCUGUGCCACUGAAGGUCUGUGUUGCAUCCUGUGCCAUCCCCCCCCCUCCCUCAGGUCCCUUUGUGGCUGUGGAGCUCAGUGCCAGGGCAGCACUUCUCCUAUCGCUGCCCAUCACUCCAAAGCUGGGGGGGGCUGUUAGGAGGGCAGCUGCCCCCCCUGCAGCACAAGGGACCCCCAACACCCCCCCAUCCCCUGCUGCACUUUAUUGCACAGCACACUGCCGUGGGGGGGGGUCCAUUGGAGCACUGCUGGGCUGGGAUAUGGGGUGCCCAUGCUCAACCCCCCCCCUCCCAUCCCACACCCCAUGUGCCUUUCCCCUCAGUGCUGGUCACUGGGGGAGCCAUGGGGACCCCCACCACCCCCCAGGUUUGUUUCUGCUGCAUCACAGCUCCACUUUAACUUAUUUCUGGUUGUUGUUUGGACUCCUAUGUGGGCCUGGAGUCUGCAGCCUUCAUGUGAAGGAGGGAAUACAUUCUUUUUUUAUUAUUA